UCCUCGCAGCGACCUUUAUUCGUGAUAAAACAAUCAACGAGGCAAUAUCAUUUCCGUUUGUGCGGUACAGCUAAUGCAUGCCAUCCUGACUAACACUGUGCGCAAACGUCAUUUGGGUGACCGUGUCACCUAAUCUGUAGCCAGGAAUCAGCCACUCUCGGGUUAGCAUAGGCUAGCCAACUCUUUAUUCUUCUCACUUGUACUCCGCUGCUCGGAUAUGAAGGACUUCCUUGUAACGUUGUUAUAAUUUAAGGACGCCGUUUCAGUGUGUUUAGUGUUCAUGAUACAAUCAAGAAGGGAUAAAUAAGGGCAUCAGAAGGAGUUCCAGGAUGUUGCUGUUGCUGAAGGCUGUCAGAAGCGAGAACAUCAUCAACUACAAAAGGAAGAAAUCGGAACUCUGACACUUCAUUGGCUGAUGCCUGUAUUUUUUGCUUUCCGUCGUUCAUUUCCUUAUUGAUCCCUUGUGAAGAUAAAGGAAAGUUGUGUAAUAUUUGAAAGAGUUAGUGGGUUUGAGAGAUAGAAGAGUACAUUAAUGAGUGGGAGAGAAAGAGAGAGAGAGAGAGAGAGAGAGAGAGAGAGAGAGAGAGACAGAGACAGAGACAGAGAGACAGGGAGAGUUGAAAACCAUGGCGAGGUGGAUUCGAAGUGUAGCGAAGCUUGCAUUGGUUCUUCUGAUGGCUGCUGAUAUUAUUCUGUGCGUUGUCAUGCGACAAUCACCGAAGCUGCCUUCUCGGACCAUGAACCCAAGACUUCAUGACCUUGUACCUGAAACAGAACGACAAAGAACGGAAGCAAUCCAACCCUUUUCCUCAAAUGAGCCCGGAGGAAAAACGUUCCUCAUGAGUGAUAAUGAUGGUGCCUUUUCUGACCACACGAGGAAAGCCUUUUCCCAGAAAAACUGGAAUUUUGAAAUGGAUCAAGGGAAAGAAUACAGUGCCUCUUCAGACGGUAAGAAUGAUGUCACUCGUGUGUCACCUGCACGUCGGCAUGGCCUCACUGACGUCACAACGGACGCACACGGUUCUCCUGGCUGGUCAGAAAAGUUAUCUAUCCACAGCCCUGGUCUCCAAACAAUGGUCAUGGAACCCUACAGAGAAUCGCCAAUUUUUGCGACCAGAGACUCCGAUGAGGUUGGUCUGCGCCGCAGUACAGUUUGGUCCGGCUGCCCUCCUCGAUGUUUCUGCAAUGGCACAGCGGACGGGGAGAUCACUCUGGUGGACUGUACUGGGAUCGCCCUGACAGCCUACCCGUUACUCCCGGACACCGCUGUCACUGUCAUUCUCCGGGAUAAUUUAAUAUCCAACCUGACUCAAGAAUGUAUUGGACAAACCCCGAAUUUAAAUACUCUCGACUUAUCUAAAAACAACAUCUCGGAACUACCACAUAGUGCUUUCAGUCCUUUAAGAAAUUUGGCUCUUCUUAUCAUGUCAGAGAACAACAUAUCUGAAAUGAAGUCUACACCUUUCCAUGCGCUUACCAAUCUGGUGACUCUGGAUCUGUCUUCUAAUAAACAGAUGCAGCUUCAGCCAGGAAAUUUCUAUGGUUUAGCAAACUUGAAGCAAUUAAAACUAAGCAACUGCGGACUUAAGAAGCUCGUGAAUGAUACUUUCAUUGGUCUUGAUUCUCUCCAAGUCUUGGAUCUGAGUUCUAACGAGUUGACGUACACCGAUGGAACGUAUGAAGACGGGUGUUUUUCUGAUCUUACAACUUUGGAACAGCUUUUUAUCCGUCAAAAUAAUCGCAUUGAAGAUUUGUAUUUCUCGCUAAAAGACAGUAAAGCCCGACAACACGAUAAGAAAAAUAAAGGUGGCCCGGGCUUUCCACCAAGUCCCGAGGACUUCAAGUACCAGCCCAGUGACACGAAUAUUUGGAAUGACUCUGCACGCUCCACUCAUGACAUCGGUUUAGGAGUCGUGAAGCAAAGCACACCGACAUCAACCGGGGCAAGUGCCAAUCACCCUCUUCGUUCGCACUACUCACAAAGUCAUAGCCUGAAAGAUGUUUAUGAAGAAAAUUUUAACGAUUCUUCUGCAAUGGCUUUAAAUGAUCGAAAUAUGGGUGUUGUAUAUGAUUACCCUAGUGUAGCGUUGUCAAAUUUAAGAAAUCUUCGACUACUUCACCUUGACAGUGUGCCCGAUGCUGUGUUCGGUCCUGGGUUUCAAUUCCUAAAUAAACUAAAUACUCUCUUGUUCUCGGACGAUUCAGGCUUUUUUGGUAAUGUGAAACCGUCUCUUUUCGAUCACCUUAAUUCAACAACUUCGCCAUUAACUAUUGCAAUGGGGGGCUGUGGGAUUGAUAGUAUUCCGCCAGAACUAUUCAGACCAGUUCCAAACAUUGUCUCUCUGCACUUAGAUAAUAACUAUAACCUCAUGUUGGAUGGGGUUUACAACGCCACAGUCGGUCUUGCAAACUCAAAUCUUACAGAACUGAUUGUUAACAGUAUCGUACCGUCUAUGGAACAUGUUUUUUAUUUAUCUCGCAAGAUAUUUUAUAAUUUGAUUAGUACACCAUUGAGACGCCUAAAAUUGAGUAAAAACCGAAUAUAUGCCAUAGACCCGUUGUUGUUUAUGUGUUUACCCCCUCUUCUUGAGGAAUUAGAUUUAUCUGAUAAUUAUUUGAUAUCAGCAGGUAGUGUGCCAUUUUUGGUUUGUAUGAAGAAUUUAAAAAUGUUAGAUAUAAGCCGACAAGUCAAUUUUCAUGUGUCCAGUAACGAUACCUUCAACAGUUGGGCCGAAAAUAGCAGUUUAGGAGGAAGUUGGUAUCACGAAAAUACGUACCCCAAAGCAGUAAGUGACGAGUACACGUGUCCUGAUUAUUUAAAUUUUCCUUUUCACGUAGCACAUAGUAAUCCCUUUCGCUGUCAUUGUCCAAAGCCGAAGCUAGAUUCCAUGUCUCCGUACCAUGACACCCAGAUGAAAAGAAUACCAGAAAAUGUGAAAUUGUAUAGCCCGUCGCACCUUCCUAACAUAACUGUAGCGUUGAGAGGUCUGCAUGCUGAUAAUAAUAAUAUGCCCUACCAACAAGAAAUGCAAUCUGAAACCAACACAGCCGUCUUCCCAUAUCACAGUUUCGAAGAGUCAGAGCCAUCUCCUAGUGAUGGAAAGGAAAAUCACGGAUUUCAACACAAGAAGGUCCUGAAACGUCUCAAAAGAAAUAGAAAAGCAAUACGAGCAUCUUCUAAUGCCCCAACCAUCCCCUUUCCUCCGAAAUUAGAAGUGCUGAAGGCAAACAAGAUGCACUUGCCGUACGGGAUUCCAGAACUCACUAUUGGAAGUCCAAAUUCGUUGAAACAUUUGGAGUACUCAUUCAACUCGGCUUUUUGUUGGGCAGGUCCCUUGCUAAACCUUCCCCAUCUCCAGUAUCUUGAUCUUUCUCAUAAUUUGUGCCGCCUUGUGAACUUACGGUUCUUUUACGGCCUUACUGCUGUAACAACACUGCUUAUAAAUCACAACAGUCUCGGGCAUCCGCUCAGUUUGGACGAGGAAGGACAAUUUUUCUCCUACUUGACCAAUCUUGAAAACUUAGAAAUGAGAUCCAAUCUGAUAAGCUCUUUACCGGCUGGAAUUCUGUCAAAGAACACAAAUCUCAAACACAUAGAUAUGUCCCAGAACUUCAUGGCAACGUUUGAGGUCGACCUUAGCAAUGCCUCCUACUUACUUCUGUUGAAUCUCUCAAGUAACGUGCUCCCUGGACUGUCUGACACCUCCAUUGAACAAUUACGGCACACCAGACAUAACCAGAAAUCGUCCACUAGUCUUUCAAUUGACUUCAGAGGUCAAGUGUUGAGCUGCUCUUGUCAGUACUUGGAAUUCCUUCACUUCCUCUGCUCCGAACCUGAAGCCUUCGUAAGUCCUCGCGAGCUCAACUGUUCUAUGCCGCGGUCAUGGCACAGACACCGUUCUAAACAGUUCCCGCACUUCUGCGCCGACCUUCCCUUGAUACAGCUCGGAUGUCGCUCACAGGAUGUGUUCCUAGCGAUGGUGGUGCUCACUGUUGUCUUUGCUUCUACUCUGAUUCUCCUGGCUGCCGCACACCAUUAUCGCUGGCGACUGCAGUACCUCUUCUACGUAGGCCAACCUCGCAACCGUCUGCCCAGUGUGGACGUCUACCUCACGUACGACGAG